GAUACUUGGAAACAUUGUCGACUACUGGUCGUAUAAGUGGUGUUAGGUUGUCGGUGGGGUUAUAAACAACAAUAGUUUUGUAGUGAAAAAAGACAGGGCAUCCCAAUGAAUUACUGAAAAUAUUGUCUGCCAUGUCCAGUCGGGAGAACGUUUCGGUCACGACUGUGAGCGUCGCUAACCUGGAUCCUAAUCAACAAUACUUCUUUACAAAUUCACCAAAAAAUGAAAGUACGGAUUUUACGAACAUUGAAAACCCAGCGCUUGGAUCUUAUGGUGUUUUUAUACCACUUUAUAUCGUUACAACAUUGACAUCUAUUGUUGGAAAUAUUGCAGCUAUUAUAAUCUUCGCUAAAGGAAAACGUUCCAAAUCUGAAUUGCGUCCGUUUCUGAUCAAUCUUGCCGUAGCCGAUUUGAUCAUGGCGAUUUUCUGUAUACCGUUUACAUUCACUGACCAGUUAUUGAGUGAAUGGGUGUUUUCUAAGCCGAUGUGCCCUAUUGUUCUGUUUUUACAGACAGUUUCAGUCACAGCCAGCGCCUCUACCAACAUGGCCAUUGGCAUUGACAGGUUCUAUGCCGUGGCAUACCCUUUAAAAUCUCGGAUUACUUCGUCAAGGUAUCGCCUUAUUAUUUUUCUCAUUUGGAUUAUUGCGAUUGCAUUUAAUUGUUUGCAAUUCAAGGUUGGGAGAGCAAGUGAAAAUCUGAAUUGGAAUUCCACGUCAAAUGAAACAAUAGUGAAAUGUGGUGAAGAGUGGGAUGACCCGGAGAGUAAGAGAGCGUAUUCAAUGUGUAUGCUCUUCCUUACUUACAUAAUCCCUCUCGUUAUUCUAACCGUUACUUAUUCUAUUGUUGGAUGUAUUCUGUGGCGACGCAGGUCACCCGGCAACGCUGAUGCAAUCCGAGACGAACAACAACUCAAGUCCAAAAGGAAGAUCGUGAAGAUGCUGGUGACCAUUGUGACGUUUUUCGGUCUGUGCUGGCUACCUCUACAUUUAUUUAUCCUCGUGUUGGACUUCAAUCCUGGAUUGGAGGCCGAUUCUCAGAUCCUACCAACACUCAACAUCCUGUAUUUCCUCGCUCACUGGAUCGCCAUGUCAAAUAGUUUCGUUAACCCCAUCAUCUACGGAUUCAUGAACAAUAGUUAUAGGGCUGAUUUACGGACCCUUAUAUUCACCAUCUGCCCUUAUGUUAGAGGUGGCAAACGUAUACGUCACGGAGCUGUUAAAUGGAAGUCACGUGGUCACGUGCGAGAUGACGCGUUCGACUACGAGAAAAGUAGUCACAUCAUCCAAGGACUUUUACGGAGUAACACAGACUACAGAAACGGCCGAACGUCGAAAACGACGGUGACAAAAAACUCAUCAACGAAGAGUUUUUAACGUGUAUCUUGUUCCGGCUGGAAAGCGUCUUCCAGUUGGAAGCAUGUAUAAAUUCCGUGAGUUUAACAGUGAUAAAUAACACUCAGGUUAUACGUGAGAUCCAAGCCAUAACUACUUCCAAGGAUUCAUAUCUUAUCAAUGAAAUCUCGUUAAUGACGUCAUCAAUAAGUGACGUCAUCAAUACAUGCGCGUGUAUAGUAAUGCUGAUGUGAGUACAAUAGUUUACAUUUUGAGUACACGUUGUGAGUACGAGUUACGAUGCUGCAUGAUGUGGGCCAAGUGUCUUCACGCACUUGCCUUACCCUUUUGCCAUUCUUUCUGUCUGUCCAAUCUCAGUGCACAAAAAUGCAACGACAUCUGGACGCAUUCUUUAUUCCUUUACAAUUGGGCAUUGUAAAAUAUCCGAACACUCGUAACAACUUUAAUAAGGGGUCAAUAUUAUUUUUUUCACCUUGUAGAAUAUUCGAAUUCUUUGUUGCCAACGAUUUGCAUGGCAGCACCAUGAAACGAUUCGCCUGUUCGUAAGAUCGACUUCCUGUGUUAAUGCCGGAAAUGUUCGGAUUUUGUUAUUUAAA